AUGUUUGCAUUGUUUUACUACCCUGAGGGUCGGGUCGCACCAUCAACGACCCUCCCCUUAUGGAGGGUCAGGGUAGGGGCUGACGACCCAAGAACCUCCGUGGUCCGGGUCGCGGUCCGGGUCGUCAGGGUGACCCGCGGGUCGUGGCGAGCACUAGCCCAAGAAGAGAUUGAGCUGGGAACACCAUAUAGGCUUAAACGAGAGCCAAUGUGGCUCAAGAGAGCCAAGACUAUACAGGCUAGCAACCAGAGAUUUGCCACGUUUGUGAUCACAGUAGGUUCCUUAGAGGAAGCUCGAACACUGAUCAAUAAAGGCAUCAAGUUUGGUGGCCGGCAUCAUCGAGUAGCACCUUAUUGGGAGUCAAAUCCUGAGAGUAUCUGCCCCCGAUGCUGCGGAAUCGGCCACUCCGGCUUCAUGGCUUGUGGUGGCAGGCCUCCUAGAUGCGCGAUCUGCGCAGGUGACCAUGAGGCGAUAGAGCACUCAUGUACAGUAGUGGAUUGUAGGGUUGGCCCAGCCAAACCUUGCCAACACACGGUGAUCAAGUGCGUCAACUGCGAAGGUGCACGCGAGGCCACAUCUGCUAAGUGUCCUAGAGCUAGAGAGGCUCGUCAAAGGGCCGUCCGGAGAAUGAGGGAACGAUCCUUACAAGACCUCAUCCCUUCAGAUGAGAUAUUCGCGAUAGUCCCUCCAAGACCAGUACUGACCUCGGAGGAGAGAUCUGAACAGCCUCCAGAAGAAGAGACACUGACUCGAGAGAACGAAGGAGAUUUGCUACCUGUGAUGCAAUUAGAGGCUGAUAUUCACGAGUCAGAGCUAGAGCCUACCCCAGCCACCGAAGCGCCUCAGAGCGAGGAGCUAUGA